AUGCCCGCAUUCGUAACCAUCUCCAUCCGCAAGCGGUCGUACGAGAAUACAUCAUUCAGCCCCCUCUCCAUCGUUGGCUUGAUUCUAGCUGGCUUGGUCCUUUUGACAGUUGUCGUGGCGGUAGCCGUGCGUUUUGUGCGAAGGCGCAACAUUGCCAAACGGGAGAGCAGGAUAGGUGCAGCAUUCCUCGAUGUAAAGGGUCUGAUGGUCGAAGAAAUGACGACGAAGACUUGUUCAGAAAAAGAGAUUUCGCCAUUUUCGCGAUCGUAUUUGACCCAGUCGAUCAUUCUCCCCUCGAAAGCCUAUACCAGAUCAUCACCGACGAGUCCCCAGCCAUAUCCGUCUGAUUUACAUGUACCCUUACCCACAGCACACCACUGUGGCCCCUUCGGUUUCGCACUCGACGCGCGUGGCGCGCGCCGUGGUUCGCGUUCUUCCUUCUUCAGCACCAACUCUGUAGGAUCUGGGUUCCGUUUCUCCAUGACGUCUCUCUUCUCCACCGGCGACGCCAAUUCCAAUCCCAACCGCGCUUCUACGAUGCCCCCUAUACCCACCGACACGCGCAAAGUCCACCAGCCCUUCAAUGACCCCGUUUUACCCGAUGAACUCCAAAUCCCCCAUCCCGGCGAACGUUUGACUAUCCUCCAUUCGUACGAUGACGGAUGGUGCGCGGUAGGGAGAAAACAGUUUCCUGGUUUCACUGGGACACGUAAGUCGGUGUUUGGUGGGCGGGAUGCGAAGGGAGGGGAUAUGUAUCCUGAAUUGGAAGUGGGCGUCGUUCCCGCGUGGUGCUUUAUGAAACCAGUGCAAGGAGUAAGAGUUCUGAGGCCUGUCAGGGGAUCUAGCCUUGCCAUGGUCGAUGCGAAACAACAUGACGGAGAUCGGGAUGGUGUUAUGUCCUGGUCGCACUUCUCCUAA